UGGGUGGGUGGAGACAGGGAGAGCCGGAGUGUCACUCGAACUGCAGAGGAGUCAGAAACUGUCCCGAGCCCUAAGGAGACGAGACAAACUUCAAACAAAAGGCGAGGCUCUGAGAGUAAGGCUGUGGUCUAUACUGGGACUACAGCUAUGGAGGAGCAGGGAAAUGGGAAGAAAUCAGAACUUGGUCGUAGCAAGUUAGGUCCUGACACUCAAAUCAGGACCAAAUACGAUCCCACCAAUGAGGAGGACUUUGUGGUGCUUGAGAAGGAUGAGACUUCGAUGCCAUCAGAUAGGGACAGCACUUUUGGCAAAAGGAUAAAAACCAAGAAUCUUCAAUCAUCUAUUAAAAGAAGAGUUGAGGAGGACUCUUCUGCUAGUGGCGAUAACCUAACACAACCUUCCAGGAAUGCCCCGCAAGAAAAGGGCAAUGAGAAGAAAAGCAGGAGAAGAUCUGACACACUUCCAGUCACGACUGACAGCGUGGAAGCACAAGCUGGGAGUUCGCCCGAAGUCUGUUUUGAGAGGGAAAUGGGUCCAUAUUUGGCUGAAGUGACAGACAGCAGGUGUCGGCUAAAAGGAGCCGGGCGUGUUGGAGCUGCCGACGCCGAGACAACUGGGAGACGAAGAGCAGAGAGGGAGCAAAACGUGAAUGACCACUGCGAGGGGAAAGCUUCUACUAAUAUUAAUAGGGAGCACCUGUCAACACAAAACAACAGCGACUCGGUGAAAAGAAUAAGAAAGAGCACCGAGGAUUUAGAAGGCGUGCUUGAACAGGGUAGGGACAGAGAGUCAAAAUGGGAACCAUGCUUAGAAAAGGUGGAUCCUUCUUUAAGAGAAUCAGAAAAUCAAUAUAAAGAAAGCCACGAUUCAGGAUUUAUUGCACAAAAAACACAAGUGGGAGCAGAUCCGUCCCAUCAGAGCAGGUUUGCUGGCGCUGUCUCUAAAAGGGCUAAAGCAGGUACCAAGAAAGAGGACUCUCACCCCCCAAAGGUUGAGCCCCCUAGCUCUGAAGACAAUCCAUUUUCAUUGGAACAGGGCGAUUUAAUCCCUUGUCGUCUGCCAGAGAAUGAAUGCUGUGAUGGAAAAAUACAGGUCGCGAGCUUAAAGAGGGAGAGCAAGCUUGUUUGCUUCACUGCUGUCAUCACCCCUCCGCCUUUAACUCAUCUGUUGCCUCAGAGAGACACAUCGAUGCCGACGCAACUCUGUGAUUCUAAAGAUGAAUCUGUGCCAAAAGAAAAACCCAAAGUUAAAGGUCCACCUCCGCCUGUCCCUAAAAAACCUAAAAACCCAUUUAUAAAGCUCAAAACUGCAAAAUUAAAGUCUACCGAUGUGCAAAGAAGAGGCAAAGAUCAUCUGCGCUCUGAGGAGAAGGUCAAGAGGAGACACACUAUUGAUUUUAGCAAGGAUCUUCCGUGCAACACUCCAGCUAAUCAGGACAUGUGCUUGCUGUGGGACGAAAGGGGCACUUACACGGCGCCGACCGACGUACGCCGGCUGUCGGUCAACCUCAGCCCUUGGGAACAUGAUUCGCUCGGACGCAUGGAUGAUCGGUACGGAGACAUGGUCGACUUUGACUACUGUGAACGUAUGGCACAGCUGUCUCCAGAGGAAGAGCCGCAAGACCUGGACAUGUUGGAGAGAAGAGUGUUCUUGGAGAGGCGAUCCAGAUUUAAAAGCUCGCCUCCUACUGCUGCGAAAAAGCCCCCAAAUCGUUUUGCGUCCGCAGAGACUCUUCACAUACCUGAGGUCACAUUAUCACACAAUGAAAUCAAACCACCAAAACCUGCUUGUUCAGGGAAAAGAGAAGUCUACCCUGAGCUCCUUCCUGAAAGAGUCAGCACCCAAGUCAGCAACGACAGCCGUGGUAACUAUGGUAAGCGUAGAGACAACCACAGUAGCGAUAGGGAUGCAGGAUAUGGCACUGAGGCGGAAUCGUACAAGCCUGUGGCAGAAAUGAUCAAAGAAAGAAAUCAAAUGCAGAGACAUCAGACCCGGGUCAAACCUGAAGGGGCCAAAGCUCCGGUUCGGGUGGCAGAGGAGGGUCCAAGUGUGAAAGUAUCCCAAAUAAAGAAUGCCUUUGACGUCCCAAAGAAAUCCAAAGAGAGACCACCGGAGGUUCCACCACCUCCAAAGAAAGAUAUGUUGCGGCGAGUUGUGCGACAGAGCAAGUUCCGCCAUGUCUUCGGUCAGGCCGUGAGGAACGACCAGUGCUACGAUGACAUCCGUGUGUCCAGGGUCACAUGGGAUAGCUCCUUCUGUGCCGUCAACCCUAAGUUUGUUGCCAUCAUCAUAGACGCCAGUGGGGGAGGAGCCUUUCUUGUACUUCCUCUACAAAAGUCUGGCCGUAUAGACAAGGUCUACCCUACAGUAUGUGGUCACACGGGCCCAGUGCUGGACAUCGACUGGUGUCCUCAUAAUGACCUCGUCAUCGCUAGCGGCUCGGAGGACUGCACGGUCAUGGUUUGGCAGAUCCCUGAGAACGGGCUGGAGACUCCCCUUUCAGAGCCUGCUGUCGUGUUAGAGGGCCACUCUAAGAGGGUCGGCAUCGUGUCUUGGCAUCCAACCGCUCGCAACGUUCUCCUCAGUGCAGGGUGCGACAACCAGAUCGUCAUUUGGAACGUGGGCACGGGAGAGGCCAUGAUCAACCUGGAGGACAUGCACCCUGAUGUUAUCUUUAGUGUCAGCUGGAGCCGCAACGGCAGCCUGCUCUGCACCGCCUGCAAGGACAAGAAGGUCCGCGUCAUCGACCCCCGUAAAAAAAAGAUUGUUGCGGAGAAGGACAAAGCUCACGAGGGAGCUCGACCUAUGAGGGCGAUCUUUUUAGCAGACGGAAACAUUUUCACCACUGGAUUCAGCCGCAUGAGCGAACGCCAGCUGGCCCUGUGGAAAACUGAUAACAUGGAUGAGCCAAUAUGUGUCCAAGAGAUGGACUCCAGUAACGGCAUUCUGCUGCCCUUCUACGACCCCGACACCAGCAUAGUCUACCUGUGUGGGAAGGGUGACAGCAGCAUUCGGUACUUUGAGAUCACUGAUGAGGCGCCGUUUGUUCACUACCUCAACACCUUUUCCACUAAGGAGCCCCAGAGAGGCAUGGGAUACAUGCCCAAAAGAGGCCUGGAUGUCAACAAAUGUGAAAUCGCAAGGUUUUACAAAUUGCACGAGAGAAAAUGUGAACCAAUCAUCAUGACAGUCCCGCGUAAGUCGGAUCUGUUCCAGGACGACCUGUAUCCCGACACGGCCGGCCCCGAUCCCGCCCUGGAGGCGGAGGAGUGGUUCGCUGGGAAGAACGGAGGUCCCAUCCUGAUCGCGCUCAAAGACGGCUACGUCUCCACAAAGACCCGGGAUCUGAAAGUGGUCAAGAAGAACGUCCUGGAGACCAAGCCGGCCACAAAAGCAGAAACCAUCCCGACUGUCCAGAAGCACGCUUCUCCAAAGCCCACAAAAGUGAAAAACGGACCAGAAGAUAGAAGAUAAACUGGAAGAGGUACUCCGAGAGUUCAAGUCACUCAGGGACCGCGUCAUCCUCCAAGACCGUCGAAUCGCCAGACUGGAAGACCAGGUUUCCAAGGUUGCCAUGUAAGGCGCAGCCUCCCUCCCCCCCCCUCCCGGGACUGCUCGUCUUUUUUUUUGUGUGUGGAGAGGAAUGGAACGGACGGGGUCAGCCACGGCUAAAUUCUCCAGAUUCGACUUCAUUGAGCUUGGCAUCGUCCCCGUGAUGAGACCAAGCCCUACAUUCCAAGACAAACUUUAUUUUUUUCCUCAUCAAGUCUCCAGUUUCACACCAGUCUCGCCCCGACACACACACACACACACACACACACACCAGGAAAAAACUCUCGCAGCUCAUGUACACGUUUGAAGAAAAGACAUUUUUGUUGAAGGAAAAGUCUUAAUUUUUGUUUUUUUGUUUUUCAAAUUGUGGUAAAACAUUCUCAUGUGAAGUUUGUACUUACUACUCAAAAACUGUAUGUAGCAUCAGUAUUUCCAUUGUUAUUUUUUUGUGUUGCCAAAUAUGAGUCGUGUGCGGUUUCAUGCACUGCUUUUACAUUUAUUUUCUCUCCUGUUGUACAUUCCGGUCACGACCUGGUAGAUUGAUUUAGUCAAGCUGGAUAUUUUUUAAACAAUAGCUGUUGAACUCUUUUUCCUCUCGUCAGUUUGCUCAUUGAUAACCAUCAGAUUUAUGAAUGUGGAAGAAUUCCUUUUAAAGCGUUUUGUUCCUGUUCUUCUGGGCUUGAAAUUUAACAUUGGGUUUUAUUGGGGAGGGGUGGGGGGGGGGGAUGCAUCUCUCUGGUGUAAAUGUUGUGCAAAAUGUAGUGGUGCCUCUUGUCACUGUUAAGGGUCAAACUGAAGUCGCCCUCUCCAGUGCAUAUUCGGUGUUGGGAAGGGACCACUCACCCAGCUUGUGUUUCACUGAACCCCUGACAAACAGUUCUGUGCACAUAAUAAAGAUUUUACACAUGAAAACCUUGA